AUGAAGAAGCAAAACGUCCGCACAUUAUCGUUGAUCGUUUGUACGUUCACCUAUCUGCUCAUCGGCGCCGCCGUGUUCGACGCCCUGGAGUCCGAGACGGAGAUACGCCGGAAACAAGCGCUGGACUCCAUAGAAGGGAUAAUCCUCAACAAGUACAACAUAUCCACAGACGACUAUCGGUUGAUCGAGACGAUUGUGCUCAAGUCAGAACCGCACAAGGCCGGACAACAGUGGAAGUUCGCCGGAGCAUUUUACUUCGCUACAACGGUACUCACGACUAUUGGUUACGGGCACUCGACACCGAACACGAAAUCCGGAAAGUUGUUCACCAUGUUCUACGCGAUGGUUGGCAUACCGCUGGGCCUAGUCAUGUUCCAGAGCAUCGGCGAGCAGCUGAACAAAUUCUCGUCAGUGGUGAUCAGACAGGCGAAGCGGGCGCUCGGCUGCAAGCGCACCGAAGCCACCGAGAUCAAUCUCAUAUUCGUCGUGUCCUUUUUGUCGAGCUUGACGAUCGCGGGCGGCGCGACGGCGUUCUCCACGUACGAGGGCUGGACGUACUUUGACUCGGUCUACUAUUGCUUCGUCACGCUCACCACCAUCGGGUUCGGUGAUAUGGUAGCCUUGCAGAAGAAUAACACGCUGAACGACAAACUCGAGUACGUGGCGUUCACGUUGAUAUUCAUUCUGUUCGGGCUGGCAGUCGUGGCAGCGUCGCUCGACCUAUUGGUGCUCAGGUUUGUCACUAUGAACACCGAGGACGAGAGACGGGACGAGGCUGAGGCGUUACAAGCCGCCCAAGGAGCCGUCCGGCUGGAAGGGGACGUGAUCACCUCGCACGGGUCCGUGUCCAGCCUGCCGAUGGGCAGCGCGGCGGCGGCGGGUGGAUCAGGUCGGGGCAGGGGGUCGUCCUCGCCGGCCGACAACGCGUCCGUGUGCACUUGCACGUGCACGCGGUCGAGGAGCCGGAACGACGGUUACCGUUCGGGUGAUUCGCCGCCGUACGCGUCCGGCUCGGUCUACGGAGUCGGGACCGGACGCGGCGUCGGCGUCGGCAGCGGCGGCGACCGCGACGACGGCGACGACGGGUGCAGCGGCGACGACGACGACGACGAGGACGACGACGGUACGUGCGAACCGCAGGACAUACAGCUGGACACGUUCUACGACGGUCGCGGGGCGGCGUCCACGUCGGCCGAUCCGUAUAGCUGCCGGCAGCGCGUCGUCCAAACGCAACAGCAACAGCGACAGCAGCAGCAGCAACAACAACAACAACAACAACAACUGCAGCAGCUGCAGAACGAACACAGAUCAUCCAUUUGA